GGAACUCCUGUUUUAGUCAAUGGUUGUGCACAGUAACAGUGGGCAGGGCCAGGUUUUCACACCACAGAGGGGGAGGAGCUUCUAGUUGCACACAAGGUGCAACAGGUGGACUGCUGCAGAAUGCACAGCACUGUAAGUACAGCUUCACAGAGCCUUCAGGACAAAAAUGGUCCAGCCACGUCCUGCAACACUGGACAGUUCAUCCUGCACGUCGUAGGGGCUUGAGUAGAUGUUCUAGGUAGACAGAUCUACAAUGGCACCUUAUAAAGAGUCAAAACUUAUAGAUUUCCACAGUUCCCCACCUCAUCUGCAGUUCAACAAGUACGUCUUGAGGGGCUACCGUCCUGUGUCCACCUCCAGAGGAUGCCUUCAGAGCCUCUUCUACCUGCACAAUGAAUCUGGGAAUAUCUACACACAUGGUAUCCCGUUUGUGGGCUUUCUGCUGCUCCUGCCGCUCAGCAUCCCCUGGUCGGAGGUGGAGUGGUGGAUCUGUGUGGUUCACUACCUGGCCUGCCUCUCACCUACAGUUGGAUCUGUGUUAUACCAUAUCUUCAUGAACCAUGAAGGAGGCGUCCACAUCUACGACACCCUGCUAUCCUUUGACAUGUUUGGUGUCUGCCUUGUCAACACACUGGGUGCUCUGCCAAUAGUUCACAUUACGCUACUCUGCUACCCAUCUUCAAGGAGGGCGGCCAUGUUGGCUUACCUCACGCUGUCCUGCCACGGUAUUCACUGCGCGGUCACGGCCAAGAGCAACGUCCGGCGCCUGCGCUCCUUCGCCUGGCAGGCCCUGUUCCGCCUCUUCCUCUUCAUCCUGCGCUGGACCGGUCGAGGGACAGGAAGCCCCAGUUCGCUGCACCUCUACCUGAUCAUGGACUUGUUAGCACUGCUGGGGGGUCUUGUGAACAUCUCCCGUGUGCCGGAGCGCUUUAGCCCGGGACGCUUCGACUAUUGGCUCAACAGCCAUCAGAUAAUGCACGUUAUGGUGGUCCUGUCCAUCAUGUAUCUGCACUGGGGGAUGCUGGAGGACUUGGCUUGGUUAAGGCAGUACCAGUGUCCUGUAGAUAUGUAAUUUAAAAUGUGGGAUAACACUCGCCAAGACCUGUAUCUCAACGCACAGUGAUGCAAACAAAUAUUGAAAUGCUCAAACAGUGAAGCUAACAACAUAACUUACAGUAUGACUGACAUACACUAUACAUACACUAUAUGCACAAAUAUCUUUGGACAGCCCUUCUAAUGAAUGCAUUCAGCAACUUUAGGUUGCACCCACUGCUGACGCCAAAUGCCAGAUGUACGGUAGAGGAAAAUCACAGCUGAAAACACAAUACCAGAAGCGACAAUAUUAGAAUCUUUAUAAAUGUUAAAUUACAGUUUUUCUAAGACCAUGCAAAAACCUUGACUGCUUGAACGUUCCAAGAACGUAAACUGUAACAUGCAGAAAAUGCUACAUCCUCACUAACUGAUCUCAAAGAAAUUCCUGUUGUGGAUGCAAUCAAAUCCUUACAGCAAUACUAAAAAAAAGUAUUGGACAGUAGAGACAGUUACUCCAACAUAAGCAGGAUAAACUUAGUUUAAUACAAUUAAUUUAGGAAGAAACAAUGAAUAAGCAAGUGUCCCAAUAAUUUGUCCAUAUAGUAUAUGUCAGCAUUAUGAAAGUAACAACCACUUAAUCAGCAUUAAGAUAUUUGUUUUUUCAAAAACGAACAUUUUCCAAUGUACCUUCAGAAAUGGAAACAUUAAUACAUGAUGUUUCAGAUUGGGACAGUCUGAAAUAAUGACCAAUGAGAGUAAAUUUGAGAAUUAAGAAAUGUACCACUACAGAUUUUGCUAUUUAGGAUUAACUCAAUUUUAUAUUGUGGAAUAAUAAUGUAGCCUCAAGAGAGACUGAACUGACAGAAUGCACUGAAAAAAAAUCCUGACAACACUUGAAAAUCUAUUUUAUUUAGAUUAUUUAGAUUAAUUAUUUAGUUUAAUGUAACUUGUAGGGUUGAUCUGAUCCAUUGUAGUCAGGAUCAGCUGAUUCAGGCUAUUUUGACCCCAAACCAUUUCUUUGUUUGUAAAUCAGAACUGAACACUGCUUUUAAAACCAAAUGAGUAAUCGUCUUAUCUAAAGUGUGCGGCUAAUUUUUUUAUACACACACAAAUAUUGGAUCAGUAUCAUUUAAUAUUCUGUUGUGAGACUUGGAUUGGAUUGAGGAAUAAAAUUACCAGGGCAUGCCUAAUAAUGUAGUUUAUUAUUUAAAAAAACUACACGAAACAAACAUAGUGUUUUUAUCUCUAUUACGCAGACUGAGCUGCUCAUAGAAAAAGUAUUUGCUUUAUCAAUGGUUUCUGUUUCUCAGGCCUACAGAAGAUGACAUUCCUCUUUGUGGGUAAAAUAGGGCUUUUUUUGCCAUUGGGUAAAAACACUGCAGAAUAUAGACUUAAGAGGUUUGAAGGGCCCCUAUUAUGCAUAACUAAUGUAGAAUGCAAACAAUAUUACAAUCUCAAAACUUACUGUUUACUUUCCAGUCAAAAAAAGUUUAAAACACAUAGUGAACCUUAAAAUGCACGAUAUGGGCCCUUAUGUAGCUGAUGAUCUUAGUAAUAGCAGGGUCUAGUUGGGAUUUGCACAGGCCAGUGUCAGACAAGCUAAAGCUGUAUAGUGAAAUCAUCAUAGAAGUGGUUUUCACACUUGCCUUUUUUAUUAGCAUAUGAGAAGCAGACUAUUGCUCUAUGCACUUUUCCAUCAGUAUGAGCACUAAACAAACUACCACCCUGGUUAUACUGACAGACCCGUUAAACCAUUUAACUCAAAUAUUCUAUCAGCAUGUUUACCAGUAUAGGGUAUGUUUUCAGCCACUUUGACUAUGAUGGACCUGCUUAAAUAAAACCAAAUAUCAGUAAAAACUGGUGUUUAUCUAGAUUUUCUAGCAGAAAAGUAAUA